AAUUUCUUAAAUUUCUUGUAACCCUUCAUUACUAGACCAAUUUCACUGCUAUGUCGAUAAUUAUACGUUUUGAAGAAUUCCUCCGUUUACCUAGCUUCUUUUCUCGAAACAUUGGCAUUAUACUAUGGGGUCAGAGAGGUAAACUUUUCGAUCGCUUCAUGUUCUACUUCUCUUCAAUCAACCUAUUUCUAACACUUCUUGCCGAGUUAUGGUAUAUCAUUUCAACUAUCAGCACUGACUUUAUAACGGCCAUCAUGGGUUUGUCGUACGUCUCGUUCGUGGUGCUUGCUGAGGUUAAGUUUUACUAUUUAAUCAAAUAUGAUAUGAAAGUCAGCACAGUUUUAAAGCGUUUGAAUGCACUUUUUCCGCACACCAAAGAGGAACAAGAGAACAUACAAUUAAUUAAAUACUUGAAGAUGAGCAAAUUCUACACAUUGUUCUAUACGGUCACAUUCAUGCUGGUUAUAUGGACGUACAACCUGUACACGGUAUCGCAACGUUUUAUCUACACGAAGAUAUUGCAAGUACGCGAAAUCGAACGUGAAUUACCCUAUCCGGCUAUAUACUUCUGGAAUUGGCAAGAUAACUGGAGCUAUUUUAUGCUCUAUAUAUCACAAAGUUUAGCUGGUUGGCACGCGACUUGUGCACAAAUUCUGACAGACUUGCUCAUCUGUAUUUUGAUUUCACAUUUGAUAAUGCACUAUGAUCACAUUGCGCGCAGUUUGCUGAAUUACCAGUCAAAAUUUGCUGAGUUGUAUGGUAAGGAGAGCACGAUGAAGUGUAUGCCUAAGUUGGCAAGAGUAAUGAUGGAGGAGAGAGCAGUGCGUGCGGAUAUGAAAUUUUUAGCUGAUAUUAUUGCUUAUCACACGGAAUUGUUGAGUUUGACCGAGUCGUUGAAUGAUGUCUUUGGUGUGCCACUCUUUAUGAAGUUUAUGAGCUCUUCGGCUAUAAUUUGCUUUCUUGGCUUUCAAAUGACAGUUAACCGGGGUUUCGAUCUACUCACAAAAUUGGCGCUCUUCUUUAUACUCUCCGUGCUGCAAGUAUAUCUCAUCUGUCAUUUUGGACAGCUGCUAAUCGAUGCGAGCACAAAUGUGUCAACAGCUCUUUAUUCCCAAGAUUGGACCAAUGCCGAUGUACGUUAUCAGAAAAUGCUUGUACUAAUUAUAAAGCGUGCACAGCGCUCAGCCACAUUAAAGGCAACAAAUUUUAUAAUUAUUUCCAGGGCAACCAUGACCGAAAUAAUGCAAAUGUCUUACAAAUUCUUUGCACUCAUACGUACCAUGUAUAAUGAUUAAAUUAAAAUAUAUAAUAUGUUUAUAUUAAUAUUGUAGCAAUAUUUUUGA